UUGCGGUACAUGCAUACAUCGGCAUAUAAAUCAAUUUGUUUUCUUUAGCGAGGCCAUCCACAUAUUUAAGGACUCCUACGAAUGACUGUGCAAAGGUUCGAGGUAACUCAGUGGGCAGAGACCAAGGAAGGACCCGAAACCCAAAGCGUAGGAUAUGUCAUAUGACAGUAAUAUGCAAAAUCCCAAAUCCAACAUUCAACUAUUUGUUGCCAUCAUCAAGCCCCGUAGGUGUUACAACAUGGUUUGUUUCAAAAAGGAAGCCCUUUGGUGAUUAAGAAACGUAAGAUUUGCCACGCCUACUUCGUAAACAAGACACCUGGGAGAAAAGUUACGAAAUAAUUAUUUUUUGGAGUCUGACUCAAAACAAUUUAUGGUUUCAUCUCAAAAUAGUGAAAGAGUAUGAAUUGUUUAGAGUGGAUUGAAAUCGAAAACUAACCGAAAAGUUCUGUGUUUCCAGUCAUUAUGUCCACCGGGUGGAUUUGUCUUUGGGGUAACCUUCAAGGAAUUGAAGAGGUAUCGUCUCCAGAAAAACGAUGACAGUGUAGCGUUAGCUUAGAUCCAGCCGACGCCUGAGGUCGUCCCACGCCCGAACGUGGCUGAGACGGUGGGUGAGGCCUCGGAAAUGACCACCGACAGAUAGGCAAUACCAGUGGGCGGACGACGUACUUACAUUCCUCCGAGCAACAACAAAAAAAAGAAAGACUUCGAUAAUUUUCGACGAUAAAAGAAAAGAAAAUAUGCCCGCGAGCCUCCUUUUAACUUCGACUCCGACUCUGCGUGGGGUAACUCGCAACGAAUCACUGCGCUCCGACUCCUCCGCUGCUUCGAACACCUCUCAAAGUUCUGCCACUGUCAACAAGAAAGUGAGCUUUAAUAAGGCAGUCAGAGUUAAAAAGUAUCCUCGCUCAAAGAAGGGCGAUCCGGAAUUUGGUGGUGCGGAUGAGACAAACGGUGACAGCAAUUCCGGAAAGCGUUUCUGGUUCAAAGUUUACAAAAACAAACAUCGCCAAUUGCCGGAUCCUAACGAAUACAGAAGGAGAAAUGAGGUCAUAUAUUAUGGAAAUGACGGAGAUGCUAGUGGGUAUGAGGAUGACUCCAUUAGCUACCAUCCCAAUCCUUCUGCUCUAAAUUAUCCGGUUUUCACUUCAGAGUGUGGCACUCAGACACCCAAUCGGAAGACUGAUACACCGUCGUCACGCACUGCACUUCUGGGAAACGAGUUCAUUCCCCUCCACUCCAGUCAGAUGCCCUCUGAUCCACCAGAAGUAAGACGGAACUAUGUAAAAAAGAUUGUCAAUCGAUUCAACGAGGAAGCCGUGCUUCAAAGACAGAGAUCGAACGAGGAAGGGACUAGAUCUCCUCCCACAUCACCUCCGGGAUCCCCAAGACUUCACUCCACCCCUAAACAUAUACCGGUAGCACCACCACCUCCUCCUCCUAUUCCACCUACAAUGUACAGUUCCAUCAAUCUUCCACCUCCACCAGAAGGUAUAUUUUCAACAUCUAGAACAAAGAAGAAUCCCAUUGUGAAUGGGGUUAAAGUCAUAUUUGAUGUGGAUGGGGAGACUAAGAGUGACGAACACCAUUCAUCCCAUUUCAAUGACACUAACGGAUACAAGAGAAUGUCUCCGGAACAUGGCAUGAAUGGCAGAAGAUCAUAUAAGUCGGAAAUUACGAUUCCCGAAGACGAUGAAACAGAAGUCAAAACUCCAUAUCCUACUCAGGAUAAAUUUCAUUUUGGAGACUUAGGAUAUAACAACCAAAUCGUGAAACGGGAUGGUCGUUUAGAUAUUGCAAAUGGUAGAGCAAACGGGGAUGAUGGAUAUGGAUAUUAUUUUGAUGAUGACGAUGAUUAUAGAAAUAGAAAAAGUAAAUAUCACGUUGAAACUUUUGACAGUGGUAAUCGACUACUUUUCGAUACAGAAGAUGUAAAUACUGCAACUGCUCAUACUGAUAAGGGAGAAUUCAAAUCGACUGUUGGUGAGAAACACCAACUGUGGCAAAACAAUAAACGUAUAAUUGUUUACGAAGAAAAAUCUCCUACAAUCAUAAGAAGGAAAGCAAAAUCUCAGAGUGACUUGUUAAAUUCAGAUGAUACAUUCCACCAUGAGGAUAAAUUAGACAAAGGAGUUUCAACUGACGAACUUUUUACUAAAGACAAUAAGGAUACUUUGUCCAAAAAGCAAAAGGAUUCAUGGCUUCGCCAUUUUCGAUCAGCGACAAAAGAUAAGGGAAUUCAGUGCAAUAAGAUUCCAUCUGAUGAGCCCGAAGAGUUAUAUGGAUUUGGAAAGUAUAAGAUUAUUCGUCCAAGAAAUGGUGUAGUGUCAACAUUCAGCAACGUGCCAAAAUUAGACAAAACAAAAUCUAACCAUACAGCAGUUCAUCAAACCAAUGGUUACAACUCCAAAGAUAGUCCUAGCGUCAUUUACAGUCAAGUGGAUAAAACUAAAAAGAAGAAAAGUGGUGAUAAGGAGAAGAAGAAAAAUAUAUUCUCCGAAGAUGGUAAAAUUGGAAGCCUCUUUAAGUCGCGCUCUGAACCACUUUAUAUCGGUCCUCCUCCUAAAAAUGCUCAACGAGGGGAAGAUGAUUUCGAAGGUAGUUAUUAUGAAGACGCUGGUGAACGCACCAUUAAAACGUCCAAAAAAAGCUUUGGUUUUAAGCUAGGUGGUGUUGGAAAAGAAAAUGAUAGGAGAAACAGAAGUCCAUACUAUGAAGAAGACUGGUACAAUGUUGAUGGAGAUGUUGAAGCUGUGGAGCGUCAAAAGAGAAGAGGCAAAAAUCAUCGAGAUAUAGCUGAAGUCCGUCAGGAGAUUGCCGAAGAAGAAAUAUCAGACAUCAGCAGUCUUAGCAAUGGUGAGCACAAAAGAAACGGUGGGGGUGCUGGUUCCGUGAUGAGGGAAGUGGAUUACAAGAAGAGAGAGAUUUCUUACGAAAAUGUUCCACGCUCAGAUGGAGAGAACAAUUCUCAUAACAACGUCAGUAGUGGUCUUUGGUAUCGUGAUGCUGACGAAGAUUAUCGCAGAGAAAUGGCUCAAAGUGAAGUAUCAUAUCCAGCUGGUGAGUCUGUGGGUAGUGACAGAUUUUAUACGGUGGAUCGUAAGCAGAAAACAAACAAAAAACUUCCACCUCCUAGUCCUAGAGCUUACACUUUAGAUCGUAGGCACUUAAAAAGUAAAGAAAAGCAAAAGACUGUGCCAAAUACCACUGGUGUGAAAAUUCUUGUAAAUGGGAAAGAAGUUAAAGAAAAAUCUGCAACCAAAAAAUCAAAAAAGAGAGAAGAACCUUCAUCGGUUCAAAGUGACCCAUUAAUUGUUAGGGGUGGUUUAGCUGCUGCUUACCAAGCAAGGCAAAGAGCAGCAGUAAAACGUAGCAACAGUUCUGUUUCAGGACUGAGUAAUAGGUUUAGUGGCAGUACUCCUAACGUCCGACGCAUUGUUGCUUCCUCUGAAAUGUCAGCAGCCAGUUCUGAAAGUGAUUCCACCAGACACCGGCGUCCUUUGGUCAUGUACAUUCCUGGGGUGAGUCACCCCGAAAAGUCACCAGAUAAGGAGGACAGGGUGAGUAGUUCCAUUGCCAGAAGUCAGUCAAUGAUGACCCCAACCCGUCCUCCUCGCAUGAUUAAAAGGGUUAAUUUAAAGAACCACAAGGGAUCUCGUUCUGAGUUAUACCGAAAUGGAGAUAUUUACGAAGAAGAUGAAAUCAUGCCAUUGGCUUCAGAAACGAGCAGAAAGAAGCCGCCAAAAGUGCCAUCCAACUCCAAGAAACAUAAUGACAUUAAAAGGAGUCAUUCUAUGCCAAAAGAUACCAAAUUCUCUUGGCUAAAAUGGAAAAUUAGAGGAAAACCUUCCAGAGAGCCUUAAUUUUGUUCACUUUUGUACAGUUUUUGUUAACUCACUUUCUUCAUAUUUUAAAUUGUGUUUAUUGACCCCUAAGUGCUUGUGAUAAUACUGGAUAGCUUUAAAGCGAAUUUACAGUGUUAUGAUUGAAUGUGCAUCUGUUUGUGAUAAGGUAUGUUUAUAGUUUUAUUCUUGUUUUGAACAUUUUUGAAAGAAAGAACAAAAAAAACUAACAAUUCCCAUUUUUAAUAUUUGUGAUCCAUGUGAGAGAACUAAAUAAUGUAUUCAUUCUUUUAAUUCAAAACUAGUGUACGGGUAUAACAUAGAAUUCUUAAGAAUACAAAAAUCAUGGUUUCUUAGCAUUGUCUAAAAUUGCUUAAAAAUACAUCUUCAUUUACGAGCUUAUGGGUUGUUUUUGUUAAUUUUUAAGAAUUAUGCAGUUUUUUAAGUGUUAUCUUUUAUUAUUAUUUCUUUUUUUCAUUUUUCUCUUGAUAUUGGCAUGAAUUAUAUCUUAUAUUGAAUAUUAAUUCCAGUUUCUUUUGUUGAUUUUUUGUUUAAAGCAAGUUCUCUAAAAAAUGCAAAAAUACUUAUUUUUUAUGCAUUUUAAAGGGUUCUAAAGCUUAAACCAUUUAAAUAAUAAUUCUUUUAAAGAGCUAUCUUUACUCCAAAUGCUUGAAGAAUUUUUGCCUGAACUAUCCUGUGAUCUUUACUCCAAAGUUUCGGCUGACAUUUUAUUUCAUAAAAAUUUAAUGUAAAUCAUUUUAAUCUUCAAUUUUAAUACUUUCAUGCCUUUAAUGUUCUGUAACCUCAACAAUAGCUUCAUUUAUUUCAUAACUUAGUUCCUCUUAGCUUUGUAGUUUAAGCAACUGAAAAUUUGUUUGAGUGUUUGUUUUUAAAAAUAACUUUAAACAGUAAUAUUUAAAAAAAAUUGAAGCUGAUUCGUUUGUAUUUUCUGUGGUUUCAAUUGUUUUGUAUAUAAAUGUAUAGAUACUUGAAUGUAAUAUUUUUGUGCCAAUAAUUAAUAUUCGCUUAGUUUACCAAUUUCACUUUUGGAAGCUGUUCACUAAAUCAACUCGCGUCUGAAACUGUUGAUGCCCUAUUUGGAAAUAUUUUUGUAUACUUAUGCGAAAUGUUUCAUAUUAGAAUUAAUAAAAUGUUUGAAACAUUGUUA